GCACAGCUCCGAGCCCGGGCCGCAGCCGCGCGCCGUCUCCCCGCGCGCCCUCGCUCCCCGCAUCCUCUGCGCGCCGCGCGCGCACCAUGGGCCCCGUGCGGCCGCCCCCGGCGCCCUGGCCUGGUCACCUGCUGCGCUGCGCCCUGCUCCUCGGGGGGCUGCGCCUCGGCCGCCCCAGGGAUUCCACCGCCGCCCUCCCGGAAGCCGACAUCUUCCUCAUCUUCAGCCAUGGACUGCAAGGUUGUUUGGAAUCUCAAGGUGCAAAGGUCCGAGUCACCCCAGCCUGCAACACCAGUCUCCCAGCCCAGCGCUGGAAGUGGGUCUCCCGGAACCGGCUUUUCAACCUGGGUGCCAUGCAGUGCCUUGGCACGGGCUGGCCAGGCACCAACAGCACAGCCUCCUUGGGCAUGUAUGAAUGUGACCGGGAGGCCCUGAGUCUCCGCUGGCAGUGCCGCACCCUGGGGGACCAGUUGUCCCAUCUGCUAGGGGGCAGCGUAGGCAAUGCAUCCAAGCCUGGCCCCCUGGAGCGCGGAGACCACACCCACAGUGGCCAGUGGCGUAUCUAUGGCAGUGAGGAGGAUCUGUGUGCUCGGCCCUACUAUGAGGUCUACACCAUUCAGGGGAACUCCCACGGAAAGCCAUGCACCAUCCCCUUCAAAUAUGAUAACCAGUGGUUCCACGGCUGCACCAGCACAGGCCGCGAAGAUGGGCAUCUGUGGUGUGCCACCACCCAGGACUAUGGCAAAGAUGAGCGCUGGGGCUUCUGCCCCAUCAAGAGUAAUGAUUGCGAGACCUUCUGGGACAAGGACCAGCUGACCGACAGUUGCUACCAGUUUAACUUCCAGUCCACGUUGUCCUGGAGGGAGGCCUGGGCCAGCUGCGAGCAGCAGGGGGCAGACCUGCUCAGCAUCACUGAGAUCCACGAGCAGACCUACAUCAAUGGGCUCCUCACAGGCUACAGCUCCACACUGUGGAUUGGUCUUAAUGACUUGGACACCAGUGGAGGCUGGCAGUGGUCAGACAACUCGCCCCUCAAGUACCUCAACUGGGAGAGUGAUCAACCAGACAACCCAAAUGAGGAGAACUGUGGCGUGAUCCGCACUGAGUCCUCAGGCGGCUGGCAGAACCGUGACUGCAGCAUCGCACUGCCCUACGUGUGCAAGAAGAAGCCCAACUCAACCACUGAGCUGACCCCUCCAGACAGGUGGGCCAACGUGAAGGUGGAUUGUGAACCGAGCUGGCAGCCCUUCCAGGGCCACUGCUACCGCCUGCAGGCUGAGAAGCGCAGCUGGCAGGAGUCUAAGAAGGCGUGUCUUCGGGGUGGAGGUGACCUGCUCAGCAUCCAUAGCAUGGCUGAGCUGGAGUUCAUCACCAAGCAGAUCAAGCAAGAGGUGGAGGAGCUGUGGAUCGGCCUCAACGACUUGAAACUGCAGAUGAAUUUCGAGUGGUCCGAUGGGAGCCUUGUCAGCUUUACCCACUGGCAUCCUUUUGAGCCCAACAACUUCCGGGACAGUCUAGAGGACUGUGUCACCAUUUGGGGGCCGGAAGGUCGUUGGAAUGACAGUCCCUGUAACCAAUCCUUGCCCUCCAUCUGCAAGAAGGCCGGCCAGCUAAGCCAGGGGGCUGCUGAGGAGGACCAUGGUUGCCGGAAGGGUUGGACAUGGCAUAGCCCAUCCUGCUAUUGGCUGGGAGAAGACCAAGUGACUUACAGCGAGGCUCGGCGCCUGUGUACUGACCAUGGCUCUCAGCUGGUCACCAUCACCAACAGGUUCGAGCAGGCCUUCGUCAGCAGCCUCAUCUACAACUGGGAAAGCCAGUACUUCUGGACAGCCUUGCAGGACCUCAACGGCACUGGCUCCUUCCACUGGCUCAGUGGGGACGAAGUCAUGUACACCCACUGGAAUCGGGACCAGCCUGGGUAUAGCCGUGGGGGCUGUGUGGCCCUGGCCACGGGGAGUGCCAUGGGACUGUGGGAGGUGAAGAACUGCACCUCAUUCCGGGCUCGCUACAUCUGCCGGCAGAGCCUUGGCACACCAGUGACACCAGAGCUGCCCGGGCCAGACCCCACACCCAGCCUUGCUGGCUCCUGUCCGCAGGGCUGGGCCUCAGACACUAAACUCCGGUACUGCUAUAAGGUAUUCAGCUCAGAGCGGCUACAGGACAAGAAGAGCUGGAUCCAGGCCCAGGGGAACUGCCAGGAGUUGGGGGCCCAGCUGCUGAGCCUGGCCAGCUACGAAGAGGAACACUUUGUAGCCAACAUGCUCAACAAAAUCUUUGGUGAAUCAGAGCCGGAGAUCCACGAGCAGCACUGGUUCUGGAUUGGCCUGAACCGUCGGGACCCUAGAGAGGGUCAGAGUUGGCGCUGGAGUGAUGGCCUCGGGUUCUCUUACCACAAUUUCGACCGGAGCCGGCACGACGAUGAUGACAUCCGGGGCUGUGCAGUGCUUGACCUGGCCUCCCUGCAGUGGGUGGCCAUGCAGUGCGAGACGCAGCUGGACUGGAUUUGCAAGAUCCCUCGAGGCACGGAAGUGCGGGAGCCUGAUGUCAGCCCACAAGGCCGGCGGGAGUGGCUGCGCUUCCAGGAUGCAGAAUACAAGUUUUUCGAGCAUCACUCCACGUGGGCGCAGGCGCAGCGCAUCUGCACGUGGUUCCAGGCCGAGCUGACCUCUGUGCACAGCCAGGAUGAGCUGGAUUUUCUGGGGCACAACUUGCAGAAGUUCUCUCGGGGCCAGGAGCAGCACUGGUGGAUCGGCCUGCACACCUCUGAGAGUGAUGGGCGCUUCAGGUGGACAGAUGGCUCCAUUAUUAACUUCAUCUCCUGGGCAGCAGGCAAACCUCGGCCCCCAGGGAAAGAGAAGAAGUGCGUGUACAUGACAGCCAGCCGAGAGGACUGGGGGGACCAGAGGUGCCUGACAGCCUUGCCCUACAUCUGCAAGCGCACCAACAACACGGGGCAGACACAACUCCCUGACCUGCCACCUCCAGCCCUGGGGGGCUGCCCUUCUGGCUGGAGCCAGUUCCUCAACAAGUGUUUCAGAAUCCAGGGCCAGCACCCCCAGGACCGGGUGAAGUGGUCAGAGGCACAGUUCUUUUGUGAGCAGCAAGAAGCCCAGCUGAUCACCAUUGCAAAUCCCUUAGAGCAAGCGUUCAUCACAGCCAAGCUACCCAAUGUGACCUUUGACCUCUGGACUGGCCUCCAUGCCUCACAGCGGGACUUCCAGUGGGUGGAGCAGGAGCCUCUGCUCUAUGCCAACUGGGCACCGGGGGAGCCCUCUGGCCCCAGCCCUGCUCCCAGCGGCAACAAACCGACCAGCUGUGCGGUUGUCCUGCACAGCCCAUCGGCACACUUCACUGGCCGCUGGGAUGACCGGAGUUGCACUGAGGAGGCCCACGGAUUCAUUUGCCAGAAGGGCACAGACCUUUCCCUGAGCCCAUCCCCAGCAGCAUCGCCCCCUGCCCCCGGCACGGAGCUCUCCUACCUCAAUGGCACCUUCCGGCUGCUGCAGAAGCCUCUGCGCUGGCAUGAUGCCCUCCUGCUGUGUGAGAGCCGCAACACCAGCCUGGCCCACGUGCCUGACCCCUACACCCAGGCCUUCCUCACACAGGCUGCCCGAGGCCUGCGGGUGCCACUCUGGAUCGGGCUGGCCAGUGAGGAGGGGUCCCGGCAGUACUCCUGGGUCUCAGAGGAGCCCCUGAGCUAUAUGAACUGGCAGGAUGGAGAGCCCCAGCACUCAGGGGGCUGCACCUACCUGGAUGUAGACGGGGCCUGGCACACCACCAGCUGCGACACCAAGCUGCAGGGAGCGGUGUGCGGAGUUAACAGGGGGCCACCUCCUCCCCGAAGGAUAAACUAUCACGGCAGCUGUCCCCAGGGGUUGGCUGACUCUGCGUGGAUCCCCUUUAGGGAGCAUUGUUACUCCUUCCACAUGGAGUUGCUGCUGGGCCACAAGGAGGCGCUGCAGCGCUGCCAGAGAGUGGGUGGGGCAGUCCUGUCCAUUCUGGAUGAAAUGGAGAACGUGUUUGUUUGGGAGCAUCUGCAGAGCUCGGAAGGCCAGAAUCGGGGUGCUUGGCUGGGCAUGAACUUCAACCCCAAAGGAGGCACACUGGUCUGGCAGGACAACACAGUGGUGAACUACUCUAACUGGGGAUCCCCUGGUCUGGGCCCCAGUAUGCUGAGCCACAACAGCUGCUACUGGAUCCAGAGCAGCAGUGGGCUAUGGCGCCCUGGGGCCUGCACCAACAUCACCAUGGGCGUUGUCUGCAAGCUCCCUCGAGUGGAGGAGAGCAGCUUCUCCCCAUCAGCUGCGCUCCCUGAGAACCCAGCUGCUCUGGUGGUGGUGCUGAUGGCGGUGCUGCUGCUCCUGGCCCUGAUAACUGCAGCCCUUAUCCUCUACCGGAGGCGACAGAGCGUGGAGCGUGGGGCCUUCGAGGGCGCCCGCUAUAGCCGUAGUAGCUCUGGCCCUGGCGAGGCCACUGAGAAGAACAUCCUGGUAUCGGACAUGGAGAUGAAUGAGCAGCAGGAAUAGAGCCACGGGUGUAGUCAGGGCCAUGAUCAAGCGCUGGGGAGGCGGGGCCCCAGGACAGCCAGGAUCCCCCCCCAGCCAAUGGAGGGGAGGCCCUGGGAGUCACUGUUGGGAGCUGGGGCUGGGGGGACAGGCCUGGGCUGGGGGAGGGCUCCUACUCUCCUACAAAGGCUGGGCUGACACCCAGAUGGGUACAGCAUGGAGAUUUCCUUUCUGGGGGCCUGAGGUCUUGUCACCUGGGCACAGGUCCCUGUAGUAACCAGAGGCAGGUUAGGGAGGGCCAAGGAGAGCCUCUUCUUACCUCCCCAGCCCCCCCAGCCCAGGCCUAAUGACACCCCCACCCCCAAUACCUCUUCCUUGUAGACCUAGAGGCCUGUGCUGGCCCCUCAGCAGCUCCCUGCCGCUUCUCCUCUCCUGCCUGGCUGUCUCAGCUCAGUGACCCUCGCCCUGCCUUUCUCCUAGCCCCUCUUGAACCAGGGCUCUGAAGUCAGGGAGCUCCUUAGCUCAUAGUGAGGGUCAGCUGAUGGCUGAGCAUCUGUCACUAUGGCUGGAGUGGCCAUGGGGUGUGAUAGGAGGGGCCUGGGUAGGUGGACCCCAGAAUGGGCACCAGUGUGCUUUUUGCUGGGGUGGAGACAUGACUUGGGGGAGACAUUCCAUUCACCCCGUGGGGAGCUAGGCUGAGUUGGGGUGUCAUCUCCUGCCGGAUGGGGGGAGGGUUAUGUCCCUGAAAGAGUCCCCUGUGGGGACCAAGAUCCCUAAUCAGCUCCUAAUCAGCGCCUGCUCUGGUUUGGAAAGAGGUGCCAGGGUCCAAGAGGCCUGGGAGAAGCAGCGGGAGCCCAGGACGAUGCCAGGUGCCACCCUCUAGUGGAACUCAGAGGAACCGCGCCCCAGCUUCUGGGGAGGGUCUCAGCCGGCCACCAAGGAUGGAGUGUGGAAACAAUGUGAACACUUGAAAACAUGGUCCCUUUUAUUAUUUUUUUGUAGUUCUUAAUUUUUUUAAUGUGCCCUUAUUCUAAAAGAGUAAAAAGUCAAAAAGAAAAGCAAACCAAUAAAACACCUUCCAGAGGC